AUCAGCAUUAGCCGCCUUUUUAUUAUGGCGUUUAAAACAAAUUGAAUAUUCUACUUGGGAUAGGUGGAUCAGUCUUGGAUUAUUUUUCACCAGGACCAUUUUAAAUAUUUUAGUCAUAGUGACAAUUAAUAAUUCUAGCGAAGAAGUAAAUAUCGAACCUAUUUGUACUCUGGGUGCGGCUCUAUCAAAGUACUUUCAAUUAGGUUACAUCUGUUUGGAUCUUUUAAUUGACACAUUUGUAACUAUACGAUUGGUGCAAAUCUUAAACGAUGGCAAUCGUAAUUCUGCUGAGGUAAAUUCAAUAAUAGGAAGGACUCAAUCUUCAACUAGGCGCACUACCCUUUUUACUGCCGUGUUAUAUUGGAAUUUUCUUCGCUUAACCAUAGACUUCUUGUAUAAUGGCAUAACAGUAAUAAUUUUGUUCAAAGGGUAUUUGGAAAUUGAUAUAGUUCCUUUCGAAUUAUUAUUAUGCUUUGUUACUAUAUCACAAUCAUAUUUAAUUACCGUGGAUGCUGAAAUCGUUAAAGUUAUUGAAGGCAGAAACUUGGAUAAUUUUAACUCGAAUGAUUUAGAAUGGUUGAGUGGUAAUAGUAAUGGUGAUGGCGUUCCCCCUCCUAUCAAUUUCGUUUCAAUACCCUCUUCUAGGACACAAGUUGCUGCUAGAAGUGUUUCAUCAAUUUAUCAUAGAAUAUUACAGAGAACGACUUCUUCUAAUUAUUUACACUCAAACAAUGAUCCUUCUCGUCGUUUGAAUAAUACUCAUUCAUGGUUUACAACUUCUUCUUCCUCCCCUACCUUUCCCACUGCUCCAUCACGUCGCCAACUAAAUCUAAAUUCAAGACAAACCUCUAACUCUUCUAUAUUGCAAGUUAAAAGGCCAACGAACACUUUAAGACAUACCGCUUCAUUUCAAUUAGAUAAGGGGAAAUUUGUGGUGGUUUCAAUGCAAAGGUUAACUUUCUUUGAAUGGGCUAAUAUGGUUACUGGUCAUAAUGAUGAUACUAGUAAUUGUUCAAAAUGUUCUGCACAUAAUAAUUCUUCCCCUAAUACUCCUAUAAUUGAAGAAAUUCCUGAUAUUCCUCCUGUUCCUACUCAUCAAAGAUCAUUUACUCAUCAGAGACAAUUUAGUCAAGAAGAUAGCGAAGCUUUAUUACCAGCUCUUGCUCAUAUUUCUCAAUCUAGACGUGGUAGCGAUACUUCUACCAUGACUAGCUCUACAUCUCAAACUAAAACUAAUGAUAAUUUUCCUAUGAGUGAUUUAAAUUGUAAACACUCUUUUAUGUAA